CAGCGCGCGCCCUGGGUAAAUGCGAGCCGCGCGCCUGUUUGCCGAUCGCGAAGCAAAGGCGAAGGUAGCAAACAUGGAGUCUGAGAACGAGAGUGAUGUUUCUCUGUCUGGGGGAGAUUCUGACGAACAUGUAAGCGGUAGCGGCGAUGAGUUAAUGCUGGAUGAUGACCCAUACUCUACGGACCCAAUGCCUCUGGAACCCGCCGACCAUGCACGAGAUGUGGCUGCGGCUAACCCGCGGGAUGACAUUUUCAGGUGUGUGUGUGGAGUCUGCGACCCACAGGAGCCCGACGAGCGCCUGUGUUGCCAUUCUGUUGCCAGGGUGGUAGAAAUGUUCAACAGUGCCGCCGUGCAGUGCAUAACACAACACCCAUUACUCAGGGACAUCUGCCUCCGUAGGGAGCUUCUAGUGGUGUACGCGCCUCAAUUCUGCCGCUAUGAUCAACAUUUUAGGCGACUCAAUCCCCAGGACCACAGGUAAGCCUGCUGCAGUGCUCUUCCGUUUGCUAUGAUUACGACCGUGAUGAUUUUUUCGGUUUAAAUGACCUCUGUCACGACUGUGUCGCUACCGUCGGUCCCGCUCUACUGCCAUCAUCACAGGCAUCGUCGGGCGCGGGAAAACGCGGGCGGCUCGUGCACGAAACGAACAAAAACCGAGCAGCACGGGAGCUGAUGGUCUCUCUCUUGACUGGUCUGGUCCAUCGUCAUGUCUGCCAGGGAUUACGACUUUCAUUAAAAUCCAGUUGCUGGACCUCUCUGUGUCGUCGUUUCGGGGGAAGGAAUGCAUCAACUGGUGGCAGCGGUGCACGGCGGACCUCAUGUGCUUCGAGUAUGUAAAGGUGGGUACUAGCUUUGCUGAUUAGUUGUAACCAGGAUUUAGCCUAGUGUUCUAAAUCUGGUUAGUUAACCCUACUGUCGAGGAGUCCUCGUUCGUUUUCCUCAUAGUAUUGUUUGUAGGCAAAGAUACCCAAGUAUGAAGCUAGAUUCACUCAAGAAAGAUGACUUGUUAGAAAUAUGUGAGGAUUUAGGUAUUGAUACUUCGAAAUUGAAGCGAAAGCCUCACAUUAUUGAAGCCAUAUUGAGUGCGGAUAUCGACGAUGAUGAAGUCGAAGAAACCUGGCAGAUGAUAAGGGACAGAAGGGAGAGGAAAGAGAGAGAGUAUGCUCAGCAAAAAGAAUUAUUAGAUAUUCAGCUGAAAUUGCAAGUCGCGCGCAACGAGGAAGCUGAUAAAAUUGCUGAGACUAGCUUUCCUCAAGUAAUGCAGGUGGAGUCAUUUAAAAUGACAAAUUUUAUGCAGCCCUACAAGUUAGGAGAGGACAUAGGUAUGUAUCUAGUAAACUUUGAACGUACCUGCGAAAGGCAACAUUUUGUCAAGUCUUCUUGGCCACAAAGGCUCCUUACUCUUUUGCCUGGUGAAACAGCAGAUGUUCUAGCGCGGAUGCCAAAGGAUGAGUCUGAAGAUUACGAUAAAGUAAAGAGCAGUCUUUUGAGAAAGUAUCGCCUAUCUGCUGAGGCUUUCCGCCAAAGAUUCAGAUCAGAUGUUAAGAAGCCCAAUCAACCUUACGUAGACUUCGCGUAUAACUUAAAGUCUAAUUUGGUGGAAUGGUUGACGGAGGUAAAGGCUUAUGGCGAUCAUGACAAAGUCAUACAGCAUAUUUGCAUAGAACAGUUCUUUGAUCGCAUCCCAGAAGAUAUGAGAUUCUGGAUUCAGGACAAACCAGACGUUGACACCAUAGAAAAAGCAUCAGAAUUGGCUGAUGAUUAUGUAUCUAGAAGGGUCUACAAUUCGUCAUCCAUGAGCUUGAAAACACGCAAACCUUUCACACCUUAUCGGAAGUUUGCUACUAACAAACCGGAAAGAGACAUCCCACUUGCUACCCCUCGUGAAAGCAGUCAGAAAGGUGCACAGAGUACCACCAUGAAAGAAAAAACUGCCAAUGCGAGAGUUUUCGAAGCUAGAAAACCUCCAGUUUGUUAUUUCUGUCACGAACCAGGUCACAUCGCAAGUGUUUGUGAUAAAAAACCGAAAACAGCUUUUUCCUACGUAAAAGAUGACGAGGAAAACCUUAAGUUGCUAGGACCUUACCUCUGUGACUUAACGGUAAACGGUACACCGUGUAAAGCACUAAGAGAUAGCGGUGCCACGAUAGAUGUUGCCCAUCCUUCGCUGGUUAGACCCGAGGAUUAUACAGGCGAAUCAACGUGGAUCAGGCAAAUUGUGCAGGCAAACAGUGUAUGUCUUCCUGUAGCUAAGGUGACCCUUAAGGGAUCCUUUGGUGAAAUCACAACCGAAGCUGCUGUAUCUAAAGGUAUUCCCCAACAUUAUCCCUAUUUAUUUUCGAACAAGUCUGCAAAUCUAUUAGCAGAACAAGGGAAAGAAUGCAGUGCACAACAGGUGAACGCUCUCACACGUUCGAAAGCGCGUGAAGUGGCGAAUAAGCUUCGGUACGAUUACCACACAGAGCAAAUCCUAGAGACGGAACCAAAAGUUCCCGUUCCGAAUCCUAACGAAGAAUCCUCCCCAGAUGUUGGUCAAAACAGUAUUCAGCAGGAUCUUGAAUACGCAGAAAACUCUGCAGCGUGCUCCUUUUUGCCUCCCAUAUCAAAUAGUUUUGACAGCUUACGAGGACUUGACAAACAAACUCUAAAGCUGGAGCAACAAAGUGACUCAACGCUAGAGAGACUUUUCAAACUCAUUGAUGGUGUCCCUAGAAAAAAUGCGACGUUUGCCACAAAGUCGGAUCUCUUAUAUCGUUAUUACAACGACCGCAAAGGUAGAACUUUGGAUCAGCUAGUUGUACCACGAAAGUACAGACAAGAUAUUCUGCACCUCAGUCAUGCAUGUUCAUGGUCAGGUCAUUUAGGAAUCAGAAAAACUAAGGACAGACUCCUUCAGGAAUACUACUGGCCAGGAUGUUUUAAAGAUGUAGAAAACUUCGUUCGGUCAUGUGAUUCAUGCCAAAGAGUAGGGAAAUCUACCGACCAGUGGAAAGCACCACUUAAACUAGUCCCUAUAAUCACAGAACCCUUCAAGCGCUUAGUAAUCGACACGGUAGGUCCUUUACCACAAACUAAGUCAGGAUACCGUUACAUACUAACGCUGCUGUGUCCAGCAACGAAGUUUCCUGAAGCAGUGCCUCUCAAGGAAAUAACUUCUUCCGAAAUAGUGGAUGCCUUGCUUGGCGUCUUUGCACGAAUAGGUUUCCCCAGCGAAAUUCAAAGCGAUCAGGCAAGCGUGUUUACUAGUGCACUGACAACAACCUUUCUACAACGCUGCGGGAUUACCAUCGUCCACAGCUCAGUAUAUCAUCCACAAAGCAAUGCAGUUGAACGUUGGCAUUCAACACUCAAACGAGUUCUACGAGCUCUAUGUUAUGAACAUAAAAAAUAUUGGGACAUGUGUUUGCCGGCAGCAAUGUUUGCUCUUAGAACUGUUCCCCAUGAGGCAACAGGAUUUAGCCCUGCGGAACUAGUCUAUGGCAGAUCACUAAGAUCACCGCUGAGAAUAAUCAGAGAACAAUGGGAAGAUAGUGGGGACGAUCCCACAGUGGUAGACUACGUUUUAGAAUUGUUAAAUCGUUUACAUGUAGCUCAAGAGCUAACACUAGAGAACAUGAAAAUUGCCCAGGAAAAAGCUAAAACUUACUACGACAGGACAGCUAGGUCACGGCUCUUCUCACCGGGGCAAAAAGUAAUGAUAUUACGACCGUGUCGUCAAAACAAACUGCAAGUUCAGUGGGAAGGUCCAGCACAGGUAAUAGAAAAACUUUCCGACACCAACUAUGUCGUUCAGCUUGGCAAACGUAAAUCAUCCGUCAAAAUCUACCACGCAAACUUGAUGAAACCGUACACCGAUCGCGAGGCUAUUGUUAACCUCACACUAAACGAACCUGAGGAAAUCCCCUUAGACAUCCCUUCUCUAGGAACGGGUAAAGUUCCCACAGUUCAUGAAAUAAUGCUUAAUAUCGUCGAAGCCGGUGACUUGCAACCUAAUCAAAUCCAAGAUCUGACUCAUUUAAUCGAGGAGUACCAGACUUUAUUUUCUGAUACGCCCGGCAAAACUACAUUAGCUUGUCAUGACAUAGAACUAACAUCAGAAAAGCCAGUUAAGUCCAAGCCGUAUAGAAUGGCACCUAGACAGAAGGCCAUACUAGAAACUGAAAUUAAGAAAAUGCUCGACUUAGGGGUAAUAGAACCCGGUGAAAGUGAUUAUGCAUCGCCUCUAAUUUUAGUUGAAGCUCCAGGCAAGGAUCCUCGCCCUUGCAUUGAUUAUAGAAAGCUCAACGCAAUAACGCGGGAUCAAAUCUACCCAAUUCCGAACAUCGAAGAAAGGAUUGAGACUGUUAGUGCAGCAAAAUUUAUCUCAACCUUAGAUUUGGUACGAGGAUAUUGGCAAGUACCCCUCACAGAACGAGCAAAAAGGUACGCAGCAUUCACAUCACCAAUCGGUACUUUCAGACCUGUCAUGCUCACAUUCGGCCUGAAGAAUGCUCCUUUCUGUUUUUCGAAGCUCAUGGACACAGUUCUAAAGGGUCUCGAAAACUUUGCAGUUCCCUACCUUGAUGAUGUUGCAAUUUUUUCUUCCACUUGGGAAGACCACAUUCAACACCUUAAAAUAGUUUUUCAGCGUUUUAGAGAGGCAGGGCUUAUUAUGAAAGCAAAGAAGUGCAAACUUGCACGCUCCCAUGUAACAUAUCUCGGUCACAUUGUUGGACAUGGGUACCGCAGCCCACUUCAGACAAAAGUUGCUGCGAUUAAAGAUUUUCCUCGCCCAACUACAAAAACCCAAGUCAGGUCUUUCUUAGGACUCACUGGAUACUAUCAAAGGUACAUCAGAAACUAUGCUGACAUCGCCAGUCCUUUAACCGAUGCAUUGAAAAACAAUCAACCCAAUCGUAUUCUAUGGGAUACGACCAAAGAAAGCGCUUUUCAAAAGUUAAAAACAGCGCUAUGUUCAAAACCACUCCUUCGGGCCCCAGACUUCGCACGUCCUUUCAUCAUUCAGUGUGAUGCAAGUGACAGAGGUAUAGGUGCGGUGCUUUGCCAAAGGGACGAAGCUGGAAGAGAACACCCCGUCGUAUACAUAAGUAGAAAACUAACCCUACGCGAACAGGCAUAUUGUGCUUCCGAAAAGGAAUGUGCUUGCAUUGUAUGGGCCAUUCAAAAACUUAGUUGUUACAUGUACGGAACGAGGUUUACAGUCGAGACAGACCACUGUCCUCUCACUUGGCUAAACCAAAUGUCAAACAAAAACUCUAGACUUUUACGUUGGAGUAUCAUUCUUCAACAAUAUAACUUCGAUGUUCGCUACCGUAAAGGUAAAGAGAAUGGCAACGCUGAUGCUCUCAGCCGCGCAGUAUGAGUUCAUUUUUGGAAUACUUUUUCAUUUUCAGAAUCUUUCUUUCAUUCUCCCACUCUUCCCUUCGUUUGCUAUGGUGUAUCAAAACUUACUUCGUUACUGCACAUUGUUGGAUUUUUGUAUAUAAAAGUGCAGUUCACACUUUGGUUACUAUUUUGGGUAUCGUUCUUGAUAUUCUGAUUUCAUACGUACUUUGCCUUCAUGGGAUUAAGGAUAGGACACCUUUUCUUCUUUACAUAUCCUGGUUCAAUUAAAAGGUAUAGGCUAGGCCUCGCCUGAGCUGCUUGGGGUGCUUUGGUGGUUUGUCUGCUUCCGUUUGCUCACGCAGUGUUCACAACCCCAACUACAUCUGGAGGCUUCAUACAUGAAUUCCCUCCUGGUCAUCGAACAAACGUCAUCGAUUGGCCACUGUCCAAGCCGCCACCUUCAGGCCCUGGACCUUACUGCGCCAUUGGAUAAAACAUCGCCACCAUCAAGCCACUCCAGAGUCACGGCAGCAAGCCGUCACACCUCCUUGGCUUCCUCUUCAUCGGCGGGGAAAGUUGUCACGACUGUGUCGCUACCGUCGGUCCCGCUCUACUGCCAUCAUCACAGGCAUCGUCGGGCGCGGGAAAACGCGGGCGGCUCGUGCACGAAACGAACAAAAACCGAGCAGCACGGGAGCUGAUGGUCUCUCUCUUGACUGGUCUGGUCCAUCGUCAUGUCUGCCAGGGAUUACGACUUUCAUUAAAAUCCAGUUGCUGGA